GUAAAUAUUGAAUUCUAUGAAAACUUAGAUUUUAGGCCGUUGAUUCAAAUUUAAAAAAUCUUUACUUUUAAGAUGUGAUCAUUUUGCACCAAGAACUUUUACUUUAUAUUUUACGAUCCAUCUUUUGCGAUGGAGUGUUCUGCCUCACUUACAGCACGAGUAUAAUUUUGUGUUUCAGUUCUUCAAAAUUGAAGUGUUAAAAAAAGCCAGAUGCUACGGGGAAAAGAAUGGCCUAACUGGCAGCACUGUCCACACGGGGCUUUCGAAUGAGCGAUAGGGGUCCGAGUGGGCGAGGGGGGCGGAAAACAGAUAGAAAUUGGAGCGCAACCCGAGUCCAGGCCACGAUCGACAGACGAGGCGGCAGUGCCAAAGCAAAGCUACUCGCAGUCGGUCGCAAACAUGAAUCUCAUUCCGGGUAACGUCCUGUUCCUGGUGAUCCUUGGCCUUUGUCUGGCCUGGUCUCUGCCCAUGACCCCCGAAAACGAGCUGGGGGACCUGCAGCCCGUGGGUUACCAGCUGCCCCGCAUGGCGAAGAGCGAGGCCGAGUCGGAAUUCGUCGGAAGAAUCGCACCCAAAGGCGAGCACAGCGCAGAGGAGGAUAAGGAAUACGUUAUCACACUCGUGGAGCAGUUAAAUUCCGCCGGAGUGAAGGCGCCCGAUAACCGGGACUUGAAAACCCUCAGCUACGAGGAACUGGUCAGGCUCCUUGCCCUCUGGCAUGAGAACCAGAAGCGCCACAUCUACGAGGCAAACGGACCAGACGAGCAGCCCGACCAAGCCAUCGAUGCUCAUUCAGUUUAAUUGCCUAAUGAGUAAGCUCCUUUAUUAAAGCCAAAGUUCAGUUAAUAAAAUGUGACAAGAGGAAAGAGCUCGGAGUACCCUUGUCCACGAUAUUACGGCAUCUAUGAUAUUCUGAUAUGAUUGCUUCAAUUUGAUGCACUUUCGCAUAAUAAAUAACAAAGUGACUUUUUUUUAAUGACAACUAGUUUCUAAACAUCUAUAAUGAUAAUGUGGAUUAAUUAGGCUCGUAUAAAACUGCUAUUAAACUUAACCAUAUUGAAAAACA